AUGUCCCGCUUCGUGCGGCGCCUCGCCGGCAUCCCGUGGCGCCAGAUCGCCGGGGAGGCCUUCUCCGUCGGCCUGCUAACGGCGCAGGGCCUCUGCGCCGUCCACGUCGUCAGCGAGCACGUCCUCGGCGUCGCCUUCCCGCGGGGCCCCAGCAUGCUGCCGGCGCUCAACAUGGCGGGGGACGUGCUGCUGACCGACAAGGUGAGCCCGCGGCGCGGGUGGGUGGGGCCGGGGGACGUCGUGCUCCUCCUCUCGCCGGAGGACCCGCGCAAGAUCGUCGCCAAGCGCGUGCUCGGGAUGGAGGGCGACGAGGUCACCUACCCCGUCGACGCCGGCAACAGCGAUGCCACCAAGACCGUCGUGGUACCACAAGGUCAUAUUUGGGUGCAGGGUGACAAUAUCUAUUCAUCUAAUGACUCGAGGCAGUUCGGACCGGUGCCUUACGGUCUCGUAAAAGGGAAGAUGUCCUAUCGGAUUUGGCCACCGUCAAGGAUUGGUGCAAUUGAUUCAAAAGAGUAG